AUGUCUUCCGAAGUGCUAAAGUCCGCAUGGAAAGUAAUUCCCACCUUUCAAUCCCGUUCGAUUCCUCUCACAGUUCAAUUCUACACCGAGAAGCUCGGAUUCGGACUAGCCAGCCUGAAGCCUGAACCCGGCUCAUCCGAGCCAACAUUUUGCUCCUUAUUCAUCGGCAAAAAGGCAGAUGCCAAUUUCUACUUCUCAAAGGCAUCCACUGCGACUUUUACUCCGUCUCAGGCAAUGAUUGCACUGGGUACUUCGCAGUUGGAUAAGCAUUACGACUAUUUGAAAUGUCUCACGGAUGUUGAGAUUGAGGGGGAAAUCGAGGAUACGCCCUGGGGGUAUAGACAGUUCACAAUCAAGGAUAUUGAUGGGAAUCUCUUGACAUUUUUCAAAUUUCUGGAGGGGGGAAAUCCCGGAGGGGAUUGA